GGGAAAGUUCAAACCUGUAGCAACAGAAACGGUAAAAACCAUAACAAGCAGCAGGCUACAAUGAUCAGACAAGCGAAGGGUAAAACCCCCCGCAGGCCCCCUCCUAAAAAGCCUUCCAGCAACCAGAAAGACCCUGUUGGGGUGUACUGCCGUGUACGUCCUCUGGGUGGAGAGGAUGAAGAGUGCUGCAUUGAGGUGAUCAGCAGCACUACCAUCCAGCUGCACGCCCCUGAAGGCUUCAAAACAAACCGCAAUGGAGAGUACAAAGAGACACAGUGUUCCUUCAAAAAAGUCUUCGGGGUUUCAGUAUCUCAGAGGGAGCUGUUUGAGUAUGUGGCUAAACCUCUUGUUGACGACCUUAUCCAUGGAAAAAAUGGCCUGCUCUUCACUUACGGGGUGACCGGAAGUGGAAAGACGUUCACUAUGACUGGCUCUCCAGGCCAGGGUGGACUUCUGCCUCGCUCCCUUGACAUGAUCUUCAACACUAUAGGCCCCUACCAGGCCAAAAGAUAUGUUUUUAAGACGGAUGAUAAAAAUGGUAUGGAUGUCCAGAGUGAAGUUGAUGCUUUGUUGGAGCGCCAAAGGCGGGAAAACAACUUGCCUGCUCCUAAAGCGACCCCCUCAAGACAAAAGCUUGAUCCUGAAAUUGCUGACAUGAUUAAGCCAGAGGAGGCUUACAAAGCAGACGGCAUGGAUGAGGACAGCAGCUACAGCAUCUUUGUCUCCUACAUAGAAAUCUACAACAACUACAUCUAUGAUCUCCUGGAGGAAAAUCAGGAAGAUGCAAUCAAACCAAAGUGGAAUGGUGGAGGCACACCUGUGCGCCAGAACACUGAGUUCAUACCACCCCAGUCUAAAAUCCUCAGAGAGGAUCAGAAUCACAACAUGUAUGUGUCUGGUUGUAUGGAAGUUGAAGUCAAGUCUGCCGAGGAGGCAUUUCAAGUAUUCUGGAGAGGUCAGAAGAAGAGGAAGAUUGCGAACACCCGGCUGAACAGAGAGUCCAGCCGCUCCCACAGUGUGUUCAUUAUUAAACUGGCUCAGGCUCCUCUUGAUGCAGAUGGCGAUAACAUUCUCCAGGAUAAGAGCCAGGUGAAUGUGAGUCAGCUGUGCCUCGUAGACUUGGCAGGAAGUGAGCGCACUGGUAGGACGGGGGCAGAAGGCACUCGUAUACGUGAAGCAGGUAACAUUAAUCAGUCUUUGCUGACUCUGCGGACAUGCAUUGAGAUACUUCGAGAGAACCAGAUGUGUGGCACAAACAAGAUGGUCCCCUACAGAGACUCUAAAGUAACCCAUCUGUUCAAGAACUACUUUGAUGGAGAGGGAAAAGUCAAAAUGGUUGUUUGUGUCAAUCCCAAAGCUGAUGACUACGAGGAAACAUUGCUGGUGAUGCGGUUCGCAGAGAUGACCCAGGAGGUGGAGAUAGCUCGGCCAGUGGACAGGCCCAUCUGUGGCUUCACUCCUGGCCGCCGUAAUAGAAACCAGGCCUUUAAAGAGGAACUGUCUCGCAAGCUGGAGGAGCGUGGCGGUCCAGUAGACAGGGAUGUGCCCUCUGUUAUAACCCACCUGGUGCACAGCCUCCCACCGCUACCCUCCUCUGAGCUGACCGAUCCUCACGAUGACAUCACCCUGCCCAGGCUGAUCGAAACUCUGCAGAGCAGACACAGGAUCAGGCAGAUGAUGAUUGAGGAAUACAACAAAGCAGCCAACAUGAUGAAGUCUAUGCUUCAGGAACUGGACAGCAACCUCAUUUCCAAAGACAACUUCAUUCAUGAACAAAAUGGCAAACUGUUCGAGAAAGACAAAGUCAUCCAGACCAACAAGGCAGAGAUUGAACGCUUGGAGAAGAAAACCAAGAUGCAAGAACACAAGAUCGACAUCCUGCAGAAAACAACUAAAAUCUAUGAGGAUGACAAGCGCUCACUGCGGCAGGAGCUGGAAACCAGAGAGCAGAGGCUGCACAGGGAGCUGUCUGAGAAGAGACGCAUGGAGCAGCGCAUGCAUGGUGUGGUCUCUGACACCCAGCAUAAGUGGGAGAAAGAAUGUGAGAGACGCGUAAAUGCGAUGCAGCUGGAGAUGCAGAACAAGCUCUGGGUGAAAGACGAGAAGCUGAAGCAGCUCAAGGCCAUCGUGACAGAGAGCAAGACUCCAGGCCGUCCUGAUCCUCCACCGCGUCAGACUCAGCCUCAGCCUCAGCCUCAGAGGCCUUCCAGAGAGGAACGCCUGCCUGCAAAGAGAUCGGCCUCGCCCUCACCUGUCCCUACGGCGACACCCGUACGCCCGUUGCACCGUCGCUCCCGGUCUGCUGGCGGGGAGAAGUGGGUGGACCAUAAACCCGCCUCCAGCCUGGACUUGGGUACAGUUUUGCAGCCUGUCAUCCCCAAUGCCAUCCAGGUGUCUGCACCCAGCGAGAAGGCCCUGUCGAAAUGUGACAGAUAUGUGUUGACACACCAGGAGGUCGCCUCUGAUGGCGAGAUACAGACCAAACUUAUUAAGGGUGAGGUGAUUAAAACCAGGGGAGGAGGACAAGCUGUCCAGUUCACUGACAUCGAGACUCUGAAACAGGAGCUCACCACAGUUUCCAGCCGCAAGAGGAAAUCUUCAGAAGGCACUCCAGCCAGCGGAGAUCGAACAGAUGGAGCUUGGACUGAUGUGGAGACAAGGUGCUCUGUGGCCGUGGAGAUGAGAGCUGGAUCAAACAUGGGUCCAGGUUUUGAGCAUCAUGGAAUCACCAAGCGGAGAAAACCUUAAAAGCAGUUGACAGCUGCUCCAGUGAUCACUCCCCUUCUCACUAUCCUCACCUGGCUGUUGUGCAAUAGUCUAACUUUUUUAUAUUUAGCUCUAGUGAUAAUAUUUAAACAUUUUUCCACACUUUUUUUUAUAUAUGCAGAAGUGUAUAUACAUGGGUCACCAAAGCUAUUUUGUAAAAAUAUUUUAUAUGUUGUAUUUGAACCAAUAGAAAAACAAGUGUUACUUGAUUUAGUCGUGGAUGUUGGCAAAUAUUUAGUUGCUGUGACCCUGCGGCUGAAAAGAGUCUUUGCACAUUUGUGUGUAGUCACAUUUGUUACCUGGCACAUGCGGAGUCAUUGUGAAGCUGCCACAAAACUGAUUUUUGUCUUUCACAUACUGUUUCUGUCUCUUGAUCAGUGAGUUAUAUUCAGUUUCAAAUAGAGUUUGAAAAAUCCAGUUCUUUGUGAAUUUCUGUCUUUACAUAUAAAACUGAGCUUCCCUGCUUUCAAUGUACAUGCAGGAAUAAAAUUCCUUUGAAGCACCACUUUGUUGUGAGUGUGUGUGUUUAUACACAGAACACAACGCAAAACUGACAGUACAGUGCAGAAGAUGAGAUGACUAUCGCCAGGAUCAUUUCUGAACACUAGAUGGCAGCACAGGACAGCAGUACAUUAUAAAUCUUGACCAUGAGUUCAGUCUCACUGCAUGA